CGGGCAUGCGUGUUUGCAUCACUUCCCGGCAGGUAUAGCCCGCGCCGGCGCCUUGCAAAGCUGGAAAGCGAGAAGUUCCGUUGGGUCCUUGUGCUCGCCUGCCUGUGGCCACGUCUCCCGGAAGGUUUAUCCGGAUGCCUCUGCGGACUGACGGUUGAAUGUUGGAUGGUAAAAUUCUAUAUAUUCUUUGAUUUCCAUUAUGUCUUGGUUUGCUGACCUGGCUGGCAAGGCAGAGGACCUUCUCAAUAGAGUAGACCAAGGAGCUGCAUCAGCUUUAAGCAAGAAAGAAGAUGCAAGCGGUAUACAUUAUGUCAGUAGCCAGGUGGAUGAUGUCAGCGUGUAUCCCAAGCCAUAUAAGACCAGAGAGCAGCAGGGACAUGCAUCAUCUACAUCAAGCUUUAUCUCAUCAGCAGCAGACAACAUUAAACAUCAAAAGGCAACAAUUUUAGCAGGAACUGCCAAUAUUAAGGUAGCAUCCAGGACCUCUGUGGAAGGAUCUCCAUCCACAGAAACAGCUUCUGUGUCCAGACCCUCUUUCCAAUUUGUGAGAAGGAAAAAAUCUGAACCAAAUGAUGAACUCCUGUUUGACUUUCUGAAUAGUUCUGAAAAAGAACCUAAUGGGAAAAAGGACUUGAAAAGGGAGAAGAGCAAAGCAGCCACUGUUCAAAAUCAUUCUCGGACUUCAAGUAUUAGUUCUGUAUCAGCAAGUUCACACAGCAUCAAAACAGGGGAAGAGCCUUCCAUUCGAAGUCAAGACAAUGAGACAUCUGAUAGUUCCAGUUCUGGAUUGGAGACUGAUGUGGAUAUUAAAAAGGAUUCAUUGCAAACCCCAGAAAUGAAUCCCAAUCUUAAUCUUAAUGAUGGUAAAUCACAUGAACUGUCCAAUCUUCGCCUUGAAAAUCAACUACUGCGUAACGAAGUGCAAUCUUUAAAUCAAGAAAUGGCAUCAUUGAUUCAGCGAGCCAAAGAAACCCAAACAGAAUUAACCAAUGCCCGGGCAAGAGUUGAAAAGUGGAAUGCUGACAAUUCAAACAAUGACAGACUUGUUCGGGAACUUCAAGCUCAAGUUGAUGAUCUGACUGAAGCUGCCGCUGCCAAAGAUUCCCAAUUGGCUGUCCUCAAAGUGAGAUUACAGGAGGCUGAUCAACUUCUGAGUUCACGCAAUAAAGCCCUGGAAACUCUGCAGAAUGAAAAAUCAAGAAUAAUAAAGGAUAAUAGCGAAGGCAACAGCCUGCACAAUCAAGCUCUCCAGACUUUUCAGGAACGGUUACAUGAAGCGGAGUCCACUCUUAGGCGGGAGCAAGACAACUACAAGCAGAUGCAGAAUGAAUUUGCAACUCGCCUAAGUAAAAUGGAAGCUGAACGUCAGAACUUGGCUGAAGCUAUAACUGCAUCCGAGAGGAAAUAUGUGGAAGAGAAACGGAAAUCAGAGGAAUUUCAACAGCAAAUUAAAAUAGCCAAAGCGAACUUGGAGUCUGCUAAGCAAGAGUUGGUGGACUAUAAGCAGAAAGCUACACGCAUACUUCAGUCUAAGGAAAAGUUGAUAAACAGUCUGAAAGAAGGCUCUGGUAUUGAAGGUCUGGAUAGUCAAACAGCAAGCAUUAUGGAGUUAGAGGAACUGAGGCAUGAACGGGACAUGCAAAAGGAAGAAGUACAGAAGCUGCGAGGCCAAAUGCAACAACUGAGAAUUGAACUGCAGGAUAUGGAAGCACAGCAGAUAACUGAAGCUGACUCCACAAGAGAGCAAAUUCAGGAUUUGCAGGAUCAGAUUGCGACGCACAAAACAGCCAAACAAGAAGUAGAGGCUGAACUAGAGAGGCAGAAACAGGAACUCCGCUAUACUGAGGAAGAACUGUAUAGGACGAAGAAUUCUCUGCAAAGCCGAAUAACAGAUAGAGAGGAGGAGAUCCAGAAACUAAGAAAUCAGCUAACGAACAAAACACUGAGCAGCAGUAGCCAAACAGAGUUAGAAAAUCGGCUACAUCAGUUGACAGAGACGCUAAUUCAGAAACAAACCGUGCUGGAGAAUCUCAGCACAGAAAAAAAUGCUUUAGUCUAUCAACUGGAACGACUGGAGCAGCAGCUGAAAACUGUCCAAGGAGCUUCAGCAAACGGCUCCUCCAUUAACAUGGCAGGAAUUGAUCACAGUGAAGGCACUCGCAUGCGAAAUGUUCCUGUCCUUUUUGCUGACCUCGAUGUGAAUGCGGCAGGAAUGUAUGGCAAGGUUCGCAAAGCUGCAAGUACUAUAGACCAGUUCAGCAUUCGACUUGGAAUCUUUCUGCGCCGAUAUCCCAUUGCAAGGGUAUUUGUAAUCAUUUACAUGGUCCUGCUUCAUCUUUGGGUCAUGAUUGUUCUACUUACAUACACACCAGAAAUGCAUCAUGAUAACCCAAGUGGGAAGUAGACCAGUCUGGAAGAGACUUGUUUAUGCAAUAUACACUGAAUUUGAAAAAGAAUCCAAUAAAGACUCUUUGAAGAGAAAAGCUUUUGUCAAUAUUUGAACAACCAUUACAUCUUUUCUUUGGCUGCUUCAGCAAAAUUAAAUAACACAAGGGGAUCUAAGCUUAGUGCCUGUAAAAACAAGCAACUUCUUCAGGAAAAGCUACUAAGUGAACUGCUACUGCCAUCUUUCUUCAUCCCUCUUUUUUGUGGUACACUCAUGUCAAACAUGCAUAUAUAUAUAUAUAUGCAUAGAACCCUUCUAUGCAUAUAUAUAUGCAUAGAAAUCUGGUUUUGUAAUAUAAUGUAUUUUUGAUUCUACAGGGCUAUCAUCCAAAAAAUAAAUGUACUUAAAAGCUGAGAAGAUUUUAUUCUUUUUGUCCCUUUAGUGCACCUUUUAACUUUGUAAAUGUUAUAAAUUAGCUUAAAGUGUUCUAUAUAUUAUGGAUUUGACAGCUGCUUUGCAGAAUGCUUUUCUUUAAAAAGCUUUAAUGAAGAGAAGAGAGAUGAUACGGUUCUUAAAAUAUGGUCAUUUAGCAUAUCAGAAAUUUAUUUUCCAUAGUAAUGCAGAAAACCUGUUAAUGCAUAUUUUAAUUAUCAUGUACAAUAGAGCACAUAAAGAAUUGUAAAAUUCAGUGCCUUUUGAUCUUUCUAUUUUUGACAUUGUUAUUAGCUGUCUUAUUAAACUUCUUUUGGCUUCA